AUGGCACCGGAAGCAUUGCAGAUGCCCUUUUCUAUGUCCGAGAUUGCUAAUGAGCAAGAUGGGUACCGUAUCCCGGAUAUCACAUUCCGUGAUCCAAAGAACCGGAAACUUAGGGUAUUGACCAUCGGCGCUGGAGUAUCGGGUAUUAUGAUGGCAUAUAACAUUCAGAAACAGUGUGAGAAUGUCGAACAUAAGGUAUAUGAAAAGAAUGAAGAUAUUGGUGGCACUUGGCUUGAAAAUAGAUAUCCUGGAGCAGCUUGCGAUGUCCCGUCGCACUGCUACACCUUCAAUUUCGCCUUGAAUCCUGAUUGGCCAAAGUAUGCUAGUGGUUCCGAGGAUAUCUGGAAGUACCUGGAUAAAGUAUGCGAAGUCUUCGACCUACGAAAGUAUAUGACCUUUAACACCAAGGUAAUCGGCUGUUAUUGGGCUGAAGAAGCCGGCGAAUGGACUGUGAAGCUCCGCCAAACAAUUCCAGGCGGAACCACCCGGGAAUUUGAAGAGAAAUGUGACUUGCUUUUACAUGGAGUUGGACUCCUUAACAGCUAUAAGUUCCCAGACAUCGAGAAUUUAGAAAGAUUUAAAGGAAAGGUUAUCCAUACUGCGCAUUGGCCGAAGGAUUAUCAAAAAGAACAAUGGAAGGACGAGUCUAUCGCCAUAAUUGGCUCUGGCGCAUCUGCCAUCCAAACUUUACCAAACAUGCAGCCAUAUGUCAAGCAUAUUGAUACUUACAUUCGUACUCCUAUCUGGUUUAUUUCCCUUGCGGAUAAUAAUGGGGAUGUUAAGGAGUAUACCGAGGAACAGCGCCAUGAAUUCAAGACCGACGUGAAGGCUCUAGUGAAGCAUGCAAAGUAUACAGAAGAGCAAAUAAAUGGGUUAUGGGAUCUCUUUUUCACCGAAAGCGAGACUCAAAAAGGGGCGCAAAUGACGUUCGGAAGUAGGAUGGCGGAAUUCAUCAAAGACAAGCGACUUCUUGAGGGUCUCACGCCUAAAUUCGGUAUUGGCUGUCGAAGAGUCACCCCGGGCGACCCGUACAUGAGAGCGAUCCAGAAGCCCAAUGUUGAUGUCCAUUUUGCUGCUGUGGAUAAAGUCACCGAGGGUACUGUUAUUGAUACCAAUGGCAACGAGAAAAAGGUCGACACCAUAAUCUGUGCAACCGGUUUUGAUGUAUCCUACAAACCUCACUUCCCCAUCGUCGGCCAGAACGGAGUUGAUCUGGCUGAAAAAUGGAGCGUGUGUCCGGAGGGAUAUCUUGGACUGGCCAUUCCUGACAUUCCCAAUUUCAUAACAUUCAUUGGCCCGACAUGGCCAGUCGAGAAUGGAUCGGUAAUGGGUCCCUUACAAUACGUUGCACAAUAUGCUAUUAAGGUCAUCAAGAAGAUGCAAAAUGAAUUCAUCAAGUCGAUAGCACCAAAGCAAGGCAUAACGGACCUGUUCAACGCCCACACGCAGGAAUUCAUGAAGUUGACUGUCUGGUCCACCGAUUGUCGCGCAUGGUACAAAAACAAUGAGACCGGCCGCGUCAAUGCAGUCUUUCCCGGCAGUUCGCUACAUUACUGCCAACUUAUCGAGGAGCCUAGGUACGAAGAUUACAACAUCACAUACCAAAACAGGCACAAUCCCUGGGCAUAUCUCGGACUUGGAUUCACAAAAGCAAACCGUACAAUGGGGAAGGAAGCUGAUCUCAGCCCUUACUUGAGUGAGGAAGCUAUCGAUCCUAAAUGGAUGGCAGAGGUGAUAAAGAAAGGUGUUCCAGUCGCUGACCGGGAGACGUGA